GGUGCACCAUUUCAGCAGAAUCCACAGACCAAUGGAAUGCCAAUGAAUCACCAAUUUCCUGGGAUGAAUGGAAUGACUUCAAAUCAUUCGCAGGGUUUUCCCGCGCCUCAGCCUACGAUGGACGCGACGAGUCAGCAAGGGGUACAAGGCUAUGGGACUACCGGGAUGGCUCCAAACCACUCGCAAGGCUUCCCUGGUGCGAACCAGCCUCCAAUGUCGCAAGGGCAACCAGGGCAACCAGGACAACCAGGGCAAGCAGCGCAACCUCCAAACUACAUGAUGAACAGUCCCCCGCCAAAUGUGGCAGCUGGUCAGCCGCAGAACCAGCCUCCAAUGUCCCAAGGGCAACCUCCAAACUACAUGAUGAACAGUCUUCCGCCAAAUGUGGCAGCUGGUCAGCCGCAGAACCAGCCUCCAAUGUCGCAAGGGCAACCAGGGCAACCAGGACAACCAGGGCAAGCAGCGCAACCUCCAAACCACAUGAUGUCUGGAGCAAUGCCAAGUCCACACUUCAUGGCUUCAGGCCAACAGAUCCCACAACCUCAAGCGCCUCAUGGGCAUGGGCGAUGGGGACGUGCUACGAUGAAUUCUGGAAUGCCCCAGAGCCAAUCACAAGGCUUCCCAUCUCACGGUCUUCAGGGCCAACAGAUGAAUGGAAGCGACUACCGCGGCACAUCUGUUGGCGCGCCGCCUGCUGCUCAGACUAGUAGGCCGCCUUCUCAAGCAGGGCCGCCUCAGUUUGGCUCCGUCAGGUCCUCCAUGUCUCGGGUAUGCGUGAAUCAGGGCCCUACACCUGAGGGCUUCUUGCCGAAGGGUGGUACGAGCCAAGUCAGUGGAAUCAGUGGACGGAGCGCGCCUCGGACCCGCGACACCACAGGAAACCAGGAGAGGCCUUCUGUCCCUCGACCUUCUGUCCCUGCUGGACCCACAGGGGUACCGACAGGGUCUGCUUGCAAUGGAACCACGCCUCCAGCAAAGCCUCAAGCGAGGCUGCCGGAGGAAGAUGACAGCGAUUCUGAUGAUUUGAUCCUGGUUCGAACAGAUACUACGAAGAAAUGGGGUUUGUCAAUGAGAAAUCCUGGACCACGUGCAGCAGGAGUUGUGGUUAAUGAAAUCAGAGAAGCUACUCCUGCACACGAAUGGAAUUGCGAAGUGCCACUGAAACCAUGGCGGAUCAAGAAAGAAGAUGUCCUCCUGGCCGUGAAUAGUGAAGUUGUCGACGUAGCGAAUUACAAGGAAUGUCUGGCACAGGCAGGUCUCUAUGUGACUUACCGAGACCAGAAAAGCCCCAAGCCCCAGUGGACCCAGCGCAAAGCUGAGGAGGUCCUACCCACCAUAGUUCCCUCCUCGUCUGGCACGGCAAGUGGAUGCUGCGACCUGUCGAUACCGCCUGAACCAAUUGAUGGCGGGCAUCGGAUGGCCUCGGGAUGCGAUCUUUGGGAAGCUGUUUCAACUAUCCGGGAGCGGCGUCGUUCAAAUGAUGAAGCUCGACUUAGUCCUUUGAUUGAAAGCAGCAGCAUUCUUGAAGGACAUGAAGUGAAGAGCUGUGACCAGCAGUCUGUGUCUGCCAAGCAAUAUUCCCUGGAUAUUCUGUGUUUGUCACUUAUGUACAAGACGAAUGUUGCAGGAGAUGACAGCGUGUGGGCGGAACGUGAAAGAGCAGCAAUGGCAACCAAGGAAUUGGCCUUACAUGUUUGGGACUUGGAGAAGACCUACCAGCGUUGGGCGAGUUGCCGUUCCCCCAAGCGGGCAGUGCGAGGCCGGCGAAAAAGGUGGGAUUUUCCAGUGCGGCCAAGCAGCGUCAUGUCCCGUGAACUCACCGCAUUUGCAGCGCAGUUUCUGCUGAAAUGCCUCGGAGAAGAAGACUUCUCAGAUAGCGAUGACCCUGACAUUUCAGGCCCGACAAGCGAUAUGGAUGUGGCGAAGAGGAUGCGGUUUCUGCUUGGCGAUUCUGAGGACGAGGGCGACAAGGAUGAACGCGACGAAGGACCCAGCCUUGAUGCCAUCUACACCUUCGAUGCCAAAGAGAUGGCCAGACUCAGUAUGCGAAAUGCAGUGAAUUUUGUCUUCAUCGAUGAUGAUGACGAAGAAGAGGAUGGAUGUACCGAUGGCAUCGAAGAGGUCUUCAGCUUUGAUUUGGAGAAAGUGGCUGAGGCCUUGCGCCGUGGUGCUGAUCAGGAUGAACUCAGUCACAUCAUUGAGGAAGCCAUGAUCCAAGAUCUUCCUCAACGAAUUGCAACUGGAUCCGGUGAGGCCGGUGUCCUUCAGGCACGACAUGAAGAGACUUCAUCUACAGUGACUCCUCGCACAGGUGACCUCUCAGCACUGAUGACACCUCCAUGCGAAGCACCUGAGGAAGGUCCUGUUUCACCACAGUUUGGUGGAGGAGCUGUGAGCAGCACCGACUUGGCAGCAAGGCUUCAGAAAAUUGGAGGCGGAGCUUGCUCAAGUCGACGGCGCCGCUCCAGCAUUGCGCAGCAUCCCCAACUGAUGGAGGCGGUGAGCACAGCGCAAUCUCGGCAUCGACAGAGUCUGGCAAAGGCGAGACAGAGCUUCGAGAGGCGAGGCGGAGAUCCCUCGCUACCCCGCUUCGACAGCGCGAGUCCAGGUUUUAGAUUUCAGGGAUGGAAGUGUCACCAGAUCGCCUUGAUCGCCUUGGCGGCCAAGGAAGAAUCUUUGCGCCGUCCAUCUCUUGCAGCUCAGGUCCGCCGUUCUGUGGCAGGGGCACAGAGGCGGCGCAGAUCGAGCUUGAUCCGGGCAGCAGAAGUCUUGGAGGUGGCAGGUGUGGGCAUUGGACAGCAACAAGCUCAAAUUGAGGUUGAGGAGCACUUGGAUCUUGUCCAGCGUGCAGUGGAGAUAGCAACACGUCGACACCGCCAGAGCAUUCUCGAGGCCAUGGCCCAGAUUUCCGUCAUCGAUGAAGAGGACGAGCCAGAGCCAAUGCCAGAAGCAGAGCCGGAAUCUGGAGGUGCAACUUCUCCCAGGCCUCAGUCAUUCUUCCAAGACAUCGUCAAUGAGAUCAUCGCUGUGGGCUAUGAGGCUUUCAGAGGUUGCAUCUUUCGUAAGUAGCGAAGAAGCACCUUGUGGCCUUGUGAACUUGUGAGUGCUUCUAUGAGCUUGGCCACAGUAGGACGAUAGCACAUGCAGGACCAGGGGAAGCACCAGAC